GCUGGAGGCAUUCUAAACUAACAAUGUUAUUUUGAUUGUUCUUCCGUACAAUGUUUAUCAUUAUCUACUGUGUUAUCGUUCAACACACACAUAAUCAUCGUCUUUAAAGUUAUCAGUCGGCACUGAGCGGUCUUUUCACGCAUAGAAGGAAAGAAGCAAUCAUUUGCUAUAACUGAAGAUGAGUAAAGUGACCCCUAACCCGGCUAAAGCGCUUCUCCGGGAACAAAUAGCGACCCGUAUCGCGGCUCUCUCCACUGACGAGAAAAAGAGGCAAUCCAAAAUAGUGUAUGAUAAGCUAAUAAAUCACCCCUACUACAAAUCCUCGAAACGAAUUUCGCUAUUUAUGAGCACCGACCAAGAGAUCGACACAGCUCCAAUCAUAGAUCAUAUCCGCGCUCGUGGUGCGGCUGCGUUCGUGCCGCAAUACGCGGGUGGUGUGAUGCGCAUGCUCAGACUUGAAACAGGAGACGAACAGGCAAUGCCUCUUACGAGACAUGGAAUACAACAGCAUUCAAAAGACCAGCCUAGAGAAAACGCUUUGGAAAAUGGUGGAUUGGAUCUCAUUAUAGCUCCCGGCGUGGCGUUCUCCAAGUCUGGCGAUAGAUUAGGCCACGGUGGUGGUUAUUAUGACAAAUUCAUCACGAAUCUCAGGAGCAAUUACAAUCCCGCUCCAAAAGUAGUAGCAAUAGGCUUCAACGUUCAAGUGAUCGACAAUGUGCCAAUGGAUCCACAAGAUCAGAAGGUGGAUGACGUAUUAUUCGCUGAGGAUAGUUAG